AUGGCUAUCGACGAGAUAGUUACAGAUCCAUCUCUUAAACUUGCCCUUGAGACCUCAAAUCAAACGCGGGAACAAGCAAUUGCUCUCCUAGACUUCGUAUCGACAGCCUCUACUACUUCCGCUCCUUCAAACGAAGUCCUACUGCAAAUCUCUAAACAACAAAAACUACUCCUCACAUACCUCGCACAGUUGAGAGGUUUACAUCGUGAUUCUCAUGCUGGCGCCCGAGAAACAAAGGCUUUAACCGCGGAAGCACGUCAGGAAGUAGAUAGGCUGCAUUUACAACUACAAAAUUUAUACUAUGAACAGCGGCAUCUACAAGGAGAGAUUGCUGCUUGCGAAUCAUAUGAUCACAAAUAUCAGCAACUUCCCCUGAUACCUGUUGAUGAAUUCUUAGCCCAACAUCCGGAACAUGCUGAUGCUGAUGAGAAUGCGCUUAUGAUUGCAAGGAUAGAUCACGAACAUCAAGAGAGAUUGAAGUUGGAGGAACAAAGACAAGGACUCUUAAAGAAGAAACAAGGAUUGAUUGCCGAUAAUAAGAAGAGGAAGGAUGAUCUAGCGAAUCUUGACAAAGAUUUGGAGAAAUUUAUUGAUGCCGCAAAACCGAUACAAAAAACCUUCGAGCGUGUGGUAUAA